CGGAUUCAUCUCCCCAAGGUAGAGUUGACUUUGGCCUUUGAGAGAACUGUGUGGUUGUUUACUUAUUGAUGCAAUUAGUUGUCUCCUUUUAUUCAACGAUCGUUUUUCAGAAGCAGAAAUUGCAAAGAAAUAGAGAGAGUAAGAUCUCAAGAAAAAUGAAUCAGAAUAUGAGCGCGUUCUUGAUCGGAAUGGUGGGCGCUGCCUUUACGUUGGGCGCUUAUUCUCAGCCAUGGAUGACUCCAACGCAAAGCAUAACUACGGGUCUUCUGACUCUCAUGUUUGGUCUCCUCGUCCGCGAAGGUUUCAUCUCCCUUUAGAAUUUCACUAUUUCCCCUUAUUGUUAUUAACAAAUAUCUCUACCUACAAAUUUUCAUGUUUAAUUUGGUGAUCGAUGACCAUCUUCUGUUAUUCUGAGGUCUUUCUUUCCAGUUCUGAGUUUGUAUUUCCUUUUUUAUAAUAUGCUAAAAUCAUUUUACACAACACUAUAUAUGUUUGAUUGAUUACUA